AUGUUUUCGGUUGCGUCUUACGGUAAAGCGGUCGGCAAACUUGUGUUUCUGAAGCAACUUUGUUCGAGUCUUUACGGUGUCAACGCUUCGCGUGCUCUAAACGAUAUUGAAUAUGACCGGCUGUCGAACAGGACACUCGAAUCAUUGUACGACUGUCUGGAUGCGUUGUCAGAUGUUGUUUCAAACUUACCUGCAGAAUAUGACGUCAGUCUGUCGAACGGCGUCCUUACCGUUAAGCUCGGUCAAGAUAUCGGCACUUAUGUAAUUAACAAACAGACUCCAAACAAGCAGAUUUGGUUGUCUUCGCCGAUCAGUGGCCCAAAACGUUACGACUACGUGGACAAUCAAUGGGUCUAUCUUCAUGAUCAAGUCCCUUUGCACCAGCUAUUAGAAACCGAACUGAAAAACACCUUCAAAUGCAAUCUGAUUCGUUUGCCGAAACAUUUUUCGAUUAGUACUGACCAAACUGAACGUUACUGA